CGGUUCUUCACCUUCAAACACUUCCCAUUCGGGUUUCCUCUACCCGACCCGCUUCCCUCUUUCUUCACCCACACAGUUUUGCUUUGCGGAACAGAAGCUUGUCGUUCAUAUCGCCACCGCCAUUGUCAUUGCCGCCAUCUUUGGAAGCCGCAACUUUCUCCAAUGGCAACUUACCAUUCAGGAGGAUAUCCACUUUUCCUGCCGUUUGCAUGGGCAGGCGCUCCUCCAAAAUCGCUGGCAGAAAGGAAGCCCAAAAUGCAAAAAAGGCUAAAUUGUACUCGAGGAUGGGAAAGGAGGUUGUGUCUGCUGUCAAGAAAGGUGGUCCAAAUGUAACAUCUAAUCCAUUGUUAGCCGCUAUACUUGAGAAAGCCAAGGAGCUUGAUGUGCCAAAAGAUAUAGUUGAGCGUAACAUCAAAAGAGCUUCAGAGAAGGGACAGGAGGCUUAUAUUGAGAAAGUCUAUGAGGUUUAUGGCUAUGGAGGGGUUAGUAUGGUAGUUGAGGUCUCAACUGAUAAGGUACAUCGAUCAGUGGCAAAGAUUAGAGAAGUGGUGAAGGACUGUGGAGGAAAGAUGGCAGACUCUGGAUCUGUUACAUUUAAGUUUAGACGUGUUCGGGUAGUAAAUAUAAAAGUCACUGAUGCUGACAAAGAUCAGCUGCUUUCCAUUGCAUUAGAUGCUGGAGCAGAGGAUGUAAUUGAACCUUCAACUUAUGAGGAUGACACUGAAGAGGAUAGGUCAGAAAGGUAUUAUAAAAUUGUAGGUUCUUCUGAUAACUAUGCUACUAUACUGUCAAAGCUGCGAGAGGAAGGCAUAAAUUUUGAGCCUGAUAAUGGUUCUGAAUUACUUCCAAAUGCUACAAUUGAGGUAGAUGAUGAAGCUAUGGACCUGAACAAGGAACUUAUGAACAAAUUACUUGAGCUUGAUGAUGUUGAUGCUGUUUAUACAGACCAGAAAUAAUCAUUUGUUAGUUUUAUUUUGCUUAGUAUUGAUAGAAGUCUAGAAGCAUGCUUUCGGGAAGGGAGAAUUUCAUGUGGAAAUUAUUUCAUUAAAAACACAGGAUCUUGAAGUAUUGUCCUGAAUAAUAAUAAAACAAUUUAACCUUUGAUCCU